AGGCGGGCCUAAGCUAAGAAGAGGUUUGUUGAAGUGGGGUAAUAAAAAAAGGCACUCACCCGGAGCCCCAGUCACGGCAGUAACGUAUUCGAGCGAGCAGGGGGCUCAGCGAUCCUUAUCUAUUCUCGAGAAAGCCCACGUGAAUAAACGUUAACUCCACCCGCUCUUAAUCGUUAACGUUACGUCUGGGCGGUGCGGUUUAUUAGCUAAAACAAAGCGGUCCCUCAGAACAGUUGUUGCUAGUCUACGUUUCAAUUACCGGUUUGAUUUUGUACACUUUUUGGAGGCAGAUGUUACUCUGAAUCUACACAGACAUCGCCAAGGUAUCAAGCUUAAGAUGGACCUGAGGUUACUUUUAAUAGCAGCAUUAUCAGCAGUCCUCGGUGGCAGCUGGGCAGAAGAGAGAAGCAUAUGCAUCCAGGCAAACGCGCAGUCAUGUGGGGAAUGCAUCCAGGUCUCCCAAAUGUGCGGAUGGUGCACAGAUGAGAACUUCCUCAAUGUGGGUGAGUCCAAGUCAGCUCGCUGUGAUGACGUCGAGUCCCUGAAAAAGAAAAAAUGCAAAGAAAUUGAGAACCCACGCGGCAGCAUUGCCAUUACCAAGAACGAGGGCGUCACCAUUCGCAACAAGGAUGUGAAUGUAAAACUCAAGCCUGAGGACAUCAUACAGAUACAGCCUCAGAAACUCAGCCUGACGCUCAGAUCUGGCGAGCCGCAGACUUUUGACCUGAAAUUCAAGCGUGCUGAGGACUACCCCAUUGAUUUGUAUUACCUUAUGGACCUCUCCUACUCCAUGAAAGACGAUUUGGAAAACGUGAAGAACCUUGGCACCGACCUCAUGAAGGAAAUGCAGGAGAUCACCUCAGACUUCAGGAUAGGUUUUGGCUCUUUUGUGGAGAAAACAGUCAUGCCUUAUAUCAGCACCACACCAGCCAGACUAAUCAACCCCUGUUCAGGGAACCAGAACUGUACGAGCCCCUUCAGCUACAAAAAUGUCCUGAAGCUCACCAAAAAGGGAGAUGAGUUUAACCGGCUGGUCAGUCAGCAGCAGAUAUCAGGAAACCUGGACUCUCCAGAGGGAGGGUUUGAUGCAAUCAUGCAGGUGGCAGUCUGUGAGGAGCAAAUCGGAUGGAGGAAUGUGACCCGUCUGCUGGUGUUUUCCACCGAUGCUGGUUUCCACUUCGCUGGAGAUGGCAAACUGGGCGGCAUUGUCCUUCCCAACGAUGGGAAAUGUCACCUGGAGAACAACAUAUACACUAUGAGCCACUACUACGACUAUCCCUCUAUUGCUCACCUGGUCCAGAAGUUGAGCGAGCACAACAUCCAGACCAUCUUUGCUGUAACUGAGGAAUUUCAGCCUGUUUAUAAGGAGUUAAAAAAUCUUAUCCCUAAAUCAGCUGUUGGCACGCUUUCCUCCAACUCAAGCAAUGUCAUCAAACUCAUUAUUGAUGCCUACAAUUCUUUGUCAUCUGAGGUGAUUCUGGAAAACAGCAGGCUGCCCGAGGGAGUUUCUCUCUCUUACAAGUCCUUCUGUAAAAACGGUGUGCAAGGAGUAGGAGAGAACGGCAGGAAGUGCUCCAACAUCUCCAUCGGAGACGAGGUGUCUUUCAAGAUUUCUGUUGAAUCAAAUAAGUGUCCUUUGGAUGGCAAGCCUGAGGUCAUUACACUUAAAGCCCAGGGCUUCAACGAGGAGGUGAAAAUAAUUCUCAAUUUCAUCUGCGACUGUGAGUGCGCCAAAAAAGGAGUGCCCGACAGCCAGAAGUGCAACGGGGGGAACGGGAUCUUCGAGUGUGGAGCCUGCAAGUGUAACGAGGGACGCAUCGGGCGUGAAUGUGAGUGCAGCAAAGAUGAAGUCCGGACAGAGGACCUGGAUGCCAACUGCCGAAAAGACAACGGAACGGAUAUCUGUAGCAACAACGGCGACUGCAUCUGUGGCACCUGCGAAUGCAAGAAGCGGGAGAAUCCUGCAGAAAUUUACAGCGGCAAGUACUGCGAGUGCGACAACUUCAACUGCGACCGUUCCAACAACAAGCUCUGCGGAGGACAUGGACGCUGUGAAUGCAGGAAGUGCAUCUGUGAGGCCAACUACACAGGCAGUGCCUGUGAUUGUUCUCUAGAUACCUCCACCUGCCUUGCCAAGAACGGGCAGCUCUGUAACGGCCGCGGUAUUUGCGAGUGUGGAAUCUGCAAAUGCUCCGAAUCCAAAUUCCAGGGGCCAACGUGCGAGGUCUGUCCGACCUGUCCCGGUGUCUGCACUGAGCAAAAAGACUGUGUGCAGUGCCGAGCAUUUGGGGAAGGCGAGAAGAAGGAGAAAUGCCAAGCGGAAUGCAGCUACUUCAACCUGAUAAAGGUGCCGCGCCGUGAAGAUCUGCCCCAGCCCACAGACCAGAGUUUCCCCCUGACCCACUGCAAGGAGAAGGAUGCCAACGACUGCUGGUUCUAUUACACCUACGCCAUCACCAAGAAUUCCACCAAGGAGGUCUAUGUGGUAGAGAAACUGGACUGCCCGUCGGGACCUGACAUCAUCCCCAUUGUGCUAGGUGUGGUAGCCGGCAUUGUGCUCAUUGGCCUCGCCCUGCUGCUCAUCUGGAAACUGCUCAUGAUCAUCCACGACCGCCGAGAGUUUGCAAAGUUUGAGAAGGAAAAGAUGAACGCCAAAUGGGACACGGGUGAGAAUCCAAUCUACAAAAGUGCCGUAACAACCGUCAUCAAUCCAAAGUACGAGGGCAAAUGAUGGAGCUUUGCCUACCUCGUGACAACACUGUAUGGAAAAGAAAAUGGGAGGGGCGGGUUUUCUAAUGCUCACUGUUUUUGUUUGUUUGUUUAUUGUAGCCACCAAAUAAUAGGGAUGCAUUUUGCCACUCUGUUCAUUCUACUAACUUUUGAUUUUCUAUGCAUCAUCUGAAAUUUGUACAGUCUGUAUAAAUGUGUGGUUUUAUGUUUUUUGCUUUUUGAGAGAGAAUGUGUUUUUGUUUUUGGACAAGCGAACCGUGCCUUUUUUUUUUUUUUUAAAUAGAAGCCAUCAGUGUUUUGAUGAGGGUUGAAAUGAAUGUUGUUAAUGGACAACAGAGGAAGGGUUUCUUUCCAAACGAGCAUGCAUGCAUACAGGGCUGAGUAAGAGGCGGUCAGUGUGUCAGAAACAGACGAGCAGAAGUCUUACUGUGUCUUUAACCUUUUCGACCGAGCGGGAGUCUCUUUGGGUCGAACCCUUCAGAUGUAGCGCCGGGUGCGGCAGUAGCGGGAUGUGUACAGUAGGUUUUCAGGGUUUUGUGAAAAGCCAUAGAUGUAUUCACAGAACUGAGCUGGAGGUGAUGGUAUGUUUGUUUUCUGAGUGACCUAAUCCACCUGAACAAUCUUUUUUUUUUUUUUUGAUGUAUCUUUGUGUAGAAAAGAUCAUUUCUUGGGCUGCCUUUCUGGAUGAAGGGGCAGUGGUGUACAGUAGUGUUACUGUUCGGCUCCAGGUUUUACUUGCUUAAUUUAAAGCCAACUCAGGGCCUUUAAUUCUUCUCAGCAAUGCCAAAUACACACACUUCUGCCUUAUUUGCUAACUAAUUUGCUUAUAUUGAAAUGCCUUGUUUUUAUGUGUACAGUGUGGAUGGGAACAUUUCCUUUUUUACAUCUAUGGGUUACUAUACCUGACUCUUUAAUGGUGCCUCGAUCAAAUGUUCUUAAUUAAAAAGAAAUGGGAAUGAGAAAAAAGAUGAGUGGUAAGAGAAUUUUUGGAAGGCUACACCUGUCAUCAAUUAAGUGCCUUUUUUUGAUUUCUCCAUCACAUUCACAAUUGCAAUUCUGUUUUCUGGAAUUAUUUAUUGAAUAAAACCCCUAAAAAAAAAAAAUGGACCCCACAUUGUUACGUGUCAUUGUGUAAUUGCUGUGUAAUGGUGAUAAUUUGAUGCAUUGGAAACGUAAACCACUACUUUUAAAAAUGACUCAACCAGAUGAGUCAAAUUGCCAACUGGAUGAGUUUGUUUACAGGCAUCACAACAAGAUUGUAGGUGCAGCAGUGGGCAGUCGUCUUGUUUUGUUUUAUUAUUAAAUUAUCAACUUUCUGCAUCAUCAGAUGACAAAUGAACAACA